GCCCCCGGAACCUGCACUUCGCAUCUCGCCGUGGCUUUUUUUUGCUCCUCGCUCUUUGCCGUUUGUGCCUCCGAACGCUACUUUGCGUGGAAGAAGGAGAAGGGAAAAAGUUGGGAGCGGAUGGCUGUAGUUUCUUCUCUGGGAUCCUCAUUCAUUCCUCGCUGAACCUCCUGUUGCAUAAAUGAUGCUCCGGGAGCGAGGCUUUGCCUUUUUUUUUCUCCUCCGGAUUUGGGUUUAAGAGUGGAUGUUGCCGGGUUUGGCUCGCCUCUUUGGAAAUACAAUAUCGCUUUUUUUUUUUUCCUCUCGUUGUUGUGUUUUUGGGUGUCUUUUUUUUUUUGCUGCCCCUCCAUCUUUUUUUCCCCUCCCUUCUUCUUCUCAACCACCCACUCCCCGACCCCCCUUGAAAAAGCAAAAUCCGACUGUGUUUCCUGCAAGGCUCGGGAUUUCUGAUUGCGGUUAUUUCCAUGUUUCUAGGUUUGUGUGAUUUUGCUAAAAUGCAUCACCAACAGCGAAUGGCUGCCUUAGGGACGGACAAAGAACUGAGUGAUUUACUGGAUUUCAGUGCGAUGUUUUCACCUCCUGUGAGCAGCGGGAAAAAUGGACCAACUUCCUUGGCAAGUGGACAUUUUAGUGGCUCAAAUGUAGAAGACAGAACUAGCUCAGGGUCCUGGGGGAAUGCAGGACAUCCGAGUCCAUCCAGGAACUAUGGAGACGGGACUCACUAUGACCACAUGGCGAGCAGAGACCUCGGCUCACAUGACAAUCUCUCUCCUCCCUUUGCCAAUUCCAGAAUACAAAGCAAGGCCGAGCGCGGCUCCUACUCCUCCUACGGCCGGGACUCCAACCUGCAGGGCUGCCACCAGCAGGGCCUGGUGGCAGCGGAGCUGGAGCUGCCCCCGCCCGGGGCGCUGUCCCCCAGCAAAGGCGUCCAGUUCUACCAGUACGGGGGCAGCGGGCGCCGGAGAGCCCUGCACGGCGCCUCCAUGGAAGUUCAGACAAAGAAAGUUCGCAAGGUGCCCCCGGGUUUGCCGUCCUCCGUUUACGCUCCGUCCGCCAGCACGGCCGAGUUCAGCCGCGAUUCCCCCGGGAUUCCCAGCUCCAAGGGCGCCUCCAGCACCUUCCCCUCCUCCUUCUUCAUGCAAGAUGGGCACCACAGCAGCGACCCCUGGGGCUCCUCCAGUGGAAUGGGCCAGGCCGGGUUCUCAGGGAUGUUGGGGAAUUCCGGCCACUCCCACCUGGCCCAGCCGGGGGGGUAUUGCAGCCUCCACCCCCACGAGAGACUGAGUUACCCAGCGCACUCCUCGGCCGAGCUGAGCUCCUCUCUGCCCCCGAUGUCGUCGUUCCACCGCGGCGCCUCCAACCCCUUCAGCUCCUCCUACCCCCCGGCCAACGGCGCCGAGCCCCUGCUGGCUCGUGCAGGGGGGAGUUCCCAGACCGGCGACGCUCUGGGCAAAGCUUUGGCCUCAAUUUACUCUCCUGACCACACCAACAGCAGCUUCCCCUCCAACCCCUCCACGCCCGUCGGCUCGCCCCCUUCGCUCGCAGCAGGCACGGCGGCUUGGGCCCGCAAUGGAGGUCAGGCGUCGUCGUCUCCCAAUUAUGAGGGGCCCUUGCACUCCUUGAGCCGCAUCGAGGACCGGCUGGAGCGCUUGGACGACGCCAUCCACGUGCUGCGGAACCACGCCGUGGGGCCGGGCACCGCCGUGGGCACCGGCGACAUGCACGGCCUGCUGCCGGGCACCCACGUGCCAGCCUACGGCGCGGGCAUCCUGGGCAACCGCCAUUCCAUCAUGGUGGGAGCUCACCGGGAGGACGGCGUGGGCAUCCGCGGCAGCCACUCCUUGGUGCCCAACGCGGUGCCCGUGCCAACGCUGCCGGUGCCCUCGGCGACGUCGCCCGACAUCAACCCCAGCCAGGAGCACUACAGGGGAAUUCCAGGGGCCCUGCAGGGCCAGAGCGCGUCGUCGGGCAGCUCGGAGAUCAAAUCGGACGACGAGGCCGACGAGAACCUGCAGGAGGCCAAAGGGGCCGAGGAGAAGAAGCUGGAGGAGGAGAAGAAGGAGCUG